UGAAAUCCCGCCUCUGUGCAAAUUGUGCUAUUUUGAGCGCUUCGAGUAUCCGUAUGUUGGUUACCAGAUGCCAAAGCUAAGCAACGCUUUCUGCAGAGAGAGUGGUUAGAACGUAGGGUGGUGUUGUAUUUUUACAUGGUUCUAGUAUGGUAACAGUAUUUUACCGUUUUUCUAAUACUGUUGACAUAGAUCCAUUAAUAUUAUCUUGUUUUCAAACGGUCUCGGGGAACCAGCAGUUGUGGCAACAGCAUGGAACAGUGCAAUGACUGGGUUCAAAAUAAGAAAGUUAUCUAAAUGUGUAAGUAGCGUAUUAACUAGGCAAACGCGCAUAUUAUUGAACCCAACCUUGACAAGGAAUGGACUGUUUUUGACUUGGUCGGGCAACCCGCCUUUAAAAAGAAUUACAGUGACUUUGCUAGAACCAUUUAAUUUAAUACAAGAACUAUGCAAUACUCGUUUAGAAAGUGAAAAAACAAAAGCGAACUUGCAGGCGACGAACCACAUGCGUGGUAGUAAUAGUCAUAGUCGUACUUGUUCUCGUGGUUUGUUUCAAAACCGUAAUGAAAAACAAACAACAGCAACAACUAACCCAGAGUCGACUAAACUUUUCAAUGAAACUUCUGGAUCGGGUAGGGAGCCCGAUUAUUGUAUCCAAAAUACUUUAAAUCGUAUUCAUUCACUACGUUCUGAAAAUAUAAGGAGAAUUGCUGCUAGUUUUUACGAAAAAAACAUUCCUCUAGAGACAAUUCAUCAACAAACUUCACCUCGAAGAAAGCCAACUUUAUUCAUGCAGCCUGUUGUUGGCUCGAAGUCAGAGACUAAACUUUCUGAUGAACUUGUUACCGCUGGAAUGGAAGGUGACGGACAGCAACAUUUGCAGCUAGGAAUUGCAGCCAGCCCUGGAGUGUGUAUAGGUCCCAGCGCCGAUGAAGGCAGAUUAAUUUCUCAUUUGAAAGUUGAUACAAGAGAACUCCUGGAUGCUGAAAUCAAAAAUGCUCAAAAAGAAAAAAGAAAGAAGAAAAAGACCAGAACAAAAACCAAAAAAAAGAAACUGAAGCCAACCGCAGCCUGUUUGGACAAUCUGUUGGCAGAACUGCCGUUUGCUAACCCAGAAAUCAAGGAGGAGUUUGGCAUUAUAACGUCUGAAAAAAGUCUGAAGAAAAAGAGAAAAAGAACACUGGCCGCAGAGAGUGAAGAUGAUGCAGGAAAAAAGAAGAAACCUCAACGCCCAAAUUACUUUGUGUCCAUUCCAGUCACAAACCCCAAGAUUUUAACCGGUAUUGAAGCCAUUCAAGAUGCGAUCAUACAGAAGGAUCACAGAUUCUCUAAGGCUAUGAUUCCAGCUGGCACCCUUCAUAUCACCCUGCUGGUGACCUACUUGGGCAAUGAAGAAGUCAACAUGGCAGUUUGUGCCAUGACUGAGAUGAAGGAUACCCUUCUGGAUAUGCUGCAGGGGAAGGAGCUGGUUUUACCUUUUCAUGGAAUCGGACAUUUCCGAAGCGAAGUGGCAUUUGUGCAAAUGGCAGAAGGAGAGCAUGUGAUAGCGCUUACAAAAAUUGCAGAGACUGUUAAAAAGAGCUUUGAAGAAAAGGGCAUCUUGGUCACGGAUAGCAAAGCUUUCAAACCACAUCUGACCUUCAUGAAGCUCUCAAGGGCACCAAAGCUGCGCAGUCAGGGCAUUAAGAAGCUGGACCCAAAGCUGUAUGAGAAUUUUGAGCAUCACAAUUUUGGAGAGGAGACAGUAGCUCGGCUUGAUCUUUGCUCCAUGCAGAAGAAAAAGCAACCAAAUGGAUACUACCAUUGUGAGGCCUCCAUUGAUUUUGGUGAAAAACAUGUGGCUGAGCCUGAUGAUGCGGAACUAGUGAGCCUCAGUAAGAGACUGGUGGAGAGUGCUGUCCUCAAAGCUGUGCAGCAGUACCUGGAGGAGACUCAGCUGAACAAACACAGGCAUGCUGAUGUUAGCCCAUCUAAGACUGAGGAAAACCUUAAUGACAAUGAACACAGGAAGUGAACUUUGUAGCACAAAUCUCCUGGAGCCUUUAGAAUCAAGGCAAAACUUGUGAAGGAGCGUGUUCAGAGUUUCAAGAUUGCAGGAUUCAAAACAGCACAAUGACAAGCAAUAGUGUCGAAGUCUUCAAUGUUUCCUUAAAAAAAAAUUCAAAUCCAUCACUCUACACCUAGCAGUGAUACAGUGUAAUAAUGAAUUGCAGCAGCCUCUCUAAUUAACCUCAAAUUGCUGUGUGGUUAUGUGCACUGUUGGUAUUUGUCCACUCUCCAAAGAGCUGAUACCAGUACCUUUAUCUCUCCCUCUUUACUGAAUCCUUCAUGCCAAUUUUAAUCCUGGUUUUCUACAUUGUUUGGCAUCAUAGAAUUGGGUUUGUUCAUUUUUACACGUCUUCUCCUUGAUGGCUACUGGGAUAAAAGCAUAUUAAAUGAAAUGCUCUCAAUGAAAUGUCAAGACCCAGCUCUUGCCGAAAAGAGAAAAGAGAUUUUUGAAGAGCAGACGGGCUCUCUGUUGAGCCCAUUGGGAUGGAAAUUAGGGGAGAUUAAAGAAGUCCUGCGGUACCAGGAAACACAGAUCAGGCUGUGUGACUGCUUGCCCCUUUUACUGACGGCAAGAGACACACAUUGGAAAACAGUGCAAAGACAAUCAGUCUUUAUUAAGCUACGUUUUACUACAGAUAUUCUCUGUACUGUAUUUCUAUCCAUCUAAUUUUAAACAUGCAAGUUGCCAUGGGCAAACUGCAGUUAAAAUGUUGUUGUGAAAAAUGUUUGUCAAUUCUUUUUUUUUUUCUUUGCUAUACAGUAAAUAUACGCUACCAUUAAAACUAAAUUGCUAACUGACACAAAUCAAUUGAUUUAAGUAAAGGUUUACACUAUGGUAGGCGGGCAGCCAUAAUAGCAUCAUUACUUUUAAUUUGAUGUUUUCAAUGUAAGCACAUUGUGUCUUCUUUUUCCUUCAGGGGGAAAGCAUGAUACAGACUUCAUUAGGAAGGCUUUGCAUACAGAAACUGUGAGUCUAUUGAAGCAGCUCGCGCGGAUAAGAGAGUUAUUGUGCAACCAGCAACACUGGAGAGAAUCCACAGAGAGAUGGCUGCAGCCAGAGUUCAGCCCCAUCACCAGCAGGCAGACUAACUGCACUGAAGAAAUUUGCUCUUCACACAUCUGAGGGCUGGAACAGAAUGUAAUCAUUUAGCACACGGGGUAAAGCAAAGCAAUUCUGCCCUAUAUAUUAUUGGAUAUGCUAAUUUCAAAGUGUAAGAUGGACCCAAAGGGUCUCCAGAAUGUUACUGUGUGUGUGUGUGUGUGUGUGUGUGUGUGUGUGUGUGUGUGUGUGUGCGAAUUAUCAUUUUUUCUUUUAGUUUCUAAUCAAUGUGUUUUUGUUUUUCCCUUCCAAUGUGUAAAUCCUUGCACAUUUUAUAUUUUAGUUGUAUAAACAUGCCUAAAUGGAUUUUUUCCCCCUCGUUUUGUGAAAUGCCGUGAAAUAUCUGACAUUACCAUGUGGAUAUAGCUACAUCCUUGCACUGUCCUUUAUGUAUUAAUGUAAUUUGAGUCACAUUAAAUCAUACUGGUACCAUAUGAAAAAAGAUAUGCAUUUGCAUAUACCAUGUAUUUUAAAUGUACAGUAUAUGUAUAAUAAUUUGGAAAACUUUAUAGCGCAGAGAACAAAAAUCCAAUAGCAAAGUUUUAUAUAUUGGCUCAAGUUUCAUGUUUAGAUACAUACUUAGAUCAGAGUUCACAUUUGCACCUGAAUGCAAAUUCAUAAUAAAAUGAAUGUUUUACCAGUUAAUCUUCAUGUCAAAGCAAUGACUGAAAUAAAACUGGCAACCCAAUAUAUAAUUUAGUUCAAUACAACUUUAUAACAACAAAUUGAGCCAGAAUAGUUGCAAACAUUGCCUUUAUGAGAAUAAAGCUUGAUGAGUUUUUCUCCCAGCAUUCUUAUAAUGUUUAAAUAAAGACUUUUUUUUAUUUUUAGUCUAUUCAUCCAUCACAUAAAUAAACUCCCUUAUGAAAACAAAACAUCUGCUCCCACUGUUAAUACAAGGAGAUUGUUGACAUAAUUUAUAAUGAGCAAGCGUGCCAACACUGUUAAUGUGCCAGUGUCUGCAAUCCACUUGGGCAGGUGCAGCAGUUUAACCAGCACAGGGAGCAUUGGGCAUAAUCCCAGGGAGAAAUCCUUGAUUGAUAAUGUGCUGAAGGAACAAGAAUAUGGACUAGCAUCUCAGCUGUCAGUGCCUGUUGUUUUUACUAUAGAUCCUUACAUCCAAGCUGAUGUCGCUACACAGCAAGCCAUUGUUACCGUUCUGCUGUAGAUGCCAAUCCUGGCAAACAAUACUGCAUUCUUCACUGUCUGUUGAAAAACAUAGACUAAAACCUCAUAGCUGACCACUCAUUUUCCCCAAUAAGAGUGCUUUCAAGAUGUUUCAAUAUACAUGAUUAGUUAAAAAAAAACAAAAAAAAAAAACAGUAUUUUGUUUGGCUCUUUUCCAUUAACCUCCAAACACCUUUCGGUCUGUUCAUGAGCUAUUUGUUAAGCUGUCAGUUUAGACCUUGACAUUCCUUGGGAAAUAUAACCGGCAGUGUAUGCGUUUUGUGCAUUGUGUACAGUGGACAUAGUGGGAUGAUACUGAUAGGAGGGAGAACAAGUGACUUGCAGUCAUUAAGUUUAUCUAAUGUUUAAAUUACUGCACAUAGACUCCAACCAUAUAAUACUAUGGCAACAACUAUUGCUUUGGACUUUCAACCCAAGCAAAUGCUUCUGUUACCGGCUCUUCUCCUAUCAGUAGCACUGUUUUGAUAAACAGGCUUGAAACUUAAAAAUCAAGAGGCAAUUGAUGUGUACAGGUUGUGGGGCAAUGCAAUGUGAGUGGUAGAAACCCCUGGCAUGUAUUGUGCUUCAUGCAUCACUUCCAUUUACUGAAUUCGGUCAUUAGGAAUAGUCAUCUCAUCAAUCUAGACAUGCCGAAUUGUUACGAGACUGCUGCUUCUACUUCAUCUAUUACAUGUUCUAGCAAACAACCGAAUUCUGUGCACAUCGAUGUGCAGUGGGCAGGGAGCUGCUUUCUGUUCAUUGCAGCUUAACCCUUCUGUGACAUUACUAGACCACUUUUGGAAGCUACUUCUAAAGUGAGCACCGGUUUGGUAGGUCCCAUUUUGUAACCUUGGCUUUUUGUUUUUUCUCACUUCCUGCCAGAAGUAACUGAAUACGUGAAUGACUGCCACAGAAUAAGUUUAUUUUGAAAAAGUUUAUUUGAGUUCAAGUCCAAUAUGAGUUUGGCAACACAAAAUAGGUGAUUUUUAUUUACAUAUAUACAGUCUGGCCACUGUGAGGGUGGGUGGUGGUACACAAAUCCAAAUGAAAACCCGUGGUGUCCCGAAACAAUCCUGUGUGUGUGCAAAAGCUCCUCGACUCCGCCUUCCUCAGUCACGUUCUGUUUUUGGAAACAAAACCACAAACACAUAAUGGCACCCUGUCACCCCUCACUGUCUUUCUUGUCUCAGGCUUCUCGCCCAACAACCAACCGCGGCGAGACAACACGCUCCCUUUUGUACGCCAAACCCCACCCCUGCAUUGAGCCGAACGCCAAUCAAUCUUGCUAUCAGGUGUUCCUAAAAGAUGGAGACUUCUAAAUGCAAUCCUGGUAAGGGAAACGGUUGGCUCAGCACCCCCUACUGUCGGAAAGGCCGAAUUGCAGACUGGACCCCCUUUAGCUCACAGAGAUUGAUAUCCAAUUAAUUAAAUUAAAAAGUAAAUUAAAUUCAGUCUUCAUUUUGAAUCUAUUGUACAGCUAUGGGCAAAAGUUUUGCAUCACCGAGAAUGAUAAUAGAAAAAAAAACUAUAUGAGCAUAAUUUAGAUAUUUUAUUUAACAUCAUGUAACCAAAGAAACUACAACAUGAUAUCACAAAAAGUCUGCUGGAAGCCAUAAUAGUAGUACAGUAUUUCAUGUUAGAUUUUGAAAUGUCAAAUUUUUGGUUAAGUAUAUUGAAAACUGCAAAGCGGUAUGCAAUACAAUAUGUUAACAUUAUUCAGCAGGUUUCAUUUGACUUUAUGAAGGAAAAUGAGUUAAUUCUAUAGGGUGAUGCAAAACUGUAAGCCAUAGCUGUACAUCAUACAAAACAGCCAGUAGUAUUUAUACUCAUGACCUUCCCGAACAUGGAACAUCACAUCUAUUCUUGUGCUGUAGAAAUUGCUUGUUCGAUUCCUUUAAAUGGAGCAUUGAUUUUCUGCCAGAUGCACUUUACAUGAUGCCUCUCCAAAUAUCAGUGUAAUUUAAUGUUACAUCAACAAAAAUACAUCAUAAUUACAAUAUAUACCAUGUUCAGUGGUUAUUGGCAUCUCCAUUUCGGUUUGAAACUUAAACCCAAUGCAGAAUGUCUUUUAGUCUGUUUUAAAGACAUAUUUAAAACUCCAGUACUUAUAAUAAUUUUCCAUGCAGGCUUUUAACUUUAAUAAUAAAUUUAUUUCAUCAUCACUGGACAAGCAGGGUCCCCAUGCUUGUAUCUUAAAGGUCCUCUAGAGUGUUGAGAAUCUUUUGGUUCUUUGUUUUUUAGUUCAUUCAGGAUAUGCAAAUAUUUCAACACAAAGAUAAACUGCUGCAUCCUAGUACCUUUGCUGUAGGUGUCUGAUUUCCAGCUAUGUUUGAAUUACAAUACAUAAACGGCUGGUUUCAGAGACCCUAAUUAGCAGUAGUCUUCGACCACCUAAUGUUAAUUUAGGUAAAGUAAUCCAAGAUUAGUGCUAAUCGUGGACUGUGAAACCAGCCGAAAGUGAUUAGUAUAAAAUACAAGCAAAGAUCAGAGGGUUUUAAAACAGAAAAAAGGGGAGCCAGUGAUAAUAUUGCUAACACCUUGUUUUAAAACCAUUGUUAGCACCCCAGAGCCGUGGUGUCUUUUGAUUCUGGUGAGGUACCCAGUGGCACUGGAACAAUUUUUAAAGUGGGGGUGCUGAAAGCCAUUGAACAAAACUGUAACCCCAGCACCCCUAGUUCCAGCACCCCUGGAGGUACCAUAGUGGUUUACCUGUGGGUGACACGGCAUUUAUCACUGUCAGACAGGCACAGACAGACUCUUAGAUUCCAUUGUGCUGUAUUCCCAAGCGUGCCCUCUUUGAGAAAGACCUGGUACUUCCAGCUGUCUCUUAUCACAAGUUCCUCUUAGUACUCUUAUAAAUAACCCAAAUGCAAGCAUGGGGGCACAAGAUAGCAAACCGGAGGCACGUCUAAUUAUGUUGUCUGGUUUCUAAUCUAAAUGAAAAACAAAAAAAGGCGUACAGACUCAACUUGCAUUAAUGCUGUUUGCAAGACAGUAAUAUGACAGUAGCCUCCCAAAACUACAGUAUAUUUAGGAUUUUACAAAAAGCUGUUUAAUUAUUGAUAAGUACACAAAAAAAAAAUACACAUUUUAAUAUCAAAAAAUGUCUGCUUGUGUGCGCAUCAAGGUGAAAAAGAAAAUCUACCUUUUUGUAAAUCGACGUUUCGCGAAUGAUCAUAUUUUCAGCUAAUGAAAGUUUUUUUUUUUGUUUUUUUUGUUUUUUUUUUGUGCAGGGUUAAGAAAUGACAUCCCAAAGCAAUUAACCUGGUUUGCAUUGAUCCAUUGGGACAGGUCACAAAGAUUAAUGGCUUUAUCAGACCUGCAUUAAAAGGCAAUUACAUUUGUGGUUAAUAAUGUGUAAGAGUGCAAUUAAUGUAAUUUACAAUGGAACUCUAUGUAGGAUUGUGUAAGGCUUUGAUUAUUUGCUUCAUGUAUUUUGUUUUUGUUUUGUCUGAUUAGAAAGAAGACACAUUCGGGUCUUAAAUGUGUCACAUGAUGACCAUGAAAAAUCAAACACUGAUAUGCAAAAUGCAGUCUCGAUAUGGAAAUAAUUAUGCAGCUCUAACAGACCUCAAAUGUGUUUGUUGGUGUUUUUUUUUUUUUUUUUUUUUUUAAUUAUUAUUAUUACUAUUACUAAUGAUAAUCCAUGUGAUUUACUCACAUAAAUUCUUCUGUGAGAAGGAUUCAGAAUUUACCUUGUCUUUUUUAUUUGUAAAUGACAUUGUUUUGUUGUACAUUGCUGAGUUUAAAUUUAGAAU